UUUCCUUUUGAGUCUUCUUCCUGUAGUAGACAAUGAAGUCAUUGUUGUUGGCAGGUUGUGAGUGAAUUGAAUGAGGACGAGUUCUAGGUGGCUCAACCAUGGUGUCUAAAGACUCAAUCAUUGGAGGACUUUGACUACGAGGGAUAUGGGACUGGGGAAAAUGAGAAUCAAGUGUUUGAAGACUGCUGGUUGUGAUUUCUGUUUUCCAAAAUUGAUAUUCUUUAGUGGGUCUGGUGAGGCUCAAUCCCUUAUGAAGGAAUUAGCUAAUGUAGUUACUGAGAAGCAAGAGAAACUUGGUGCCAUAAAACUGAUGCUUAUAUACAGAAAUAGUGAAAAGGUGCUGGCAGAUGCCCUUGGUGCUAUGGAGGAAAUAACAAUUCUAAACUACCACCAUUCUGUGCCUUAUAAGUAUCAAGGAAGACUUCGACCACAAAACAUAUUAUCUUCUGCUUAUUCUCUUAUGUCAUUUUUUCCUGAAGAACUUCCCCUCAAACCCCUAAAAACUCACGAGGAAUUGAAACUGUUUCUUGAAUCAACUGACAAAGCUUUACUUCUCCUGGAAUUUUGUGGAUGGACCCCCAGAUUGUUGGCAAAGGGGAAGAACAAUGGAACUGAAGAUGCCUUUGGUGAACAAGGGGUUCCAUUUGGAUUAGAUUUCAAGGGAGAGACAAAUAUAACACUUGAACCAAGAGGGAACGAAAACCAGAAGGGAAUGCAAAAUGAAAAGCUGAACUGUGGCAUUGAAAAUGGGUUUAAUGACAUUCCUUGGCUUGGAGAUUUCAGCAGAGUAAAUGACAGUGAUCCUUACCUGGAAACUGAGAAUAUAACACCUGGGGUUAAGUUGUCCUGUACCAUUGAAGAGUUUAAGCAGUUUGAUUUUUUUCUCUCGAAGUUCAUGACAGUUGCAGGAGAGUUCUUCCUGCCCUUAGAACGGCAAAGAUUUGGUCUAGUUUCUAAUAGAUCUCUGCUUUCAUCUCUGGAUAUUGGAGAUUCUGGUUCAUGGUUUGCAAUGGUUUACUUUGCUGGAUGUCCCUCUUGUUCAAAGAUUCUGAAGGAAGGGGAUGACCUCCGUAGUGUUUUACAGACGCAAAAUUCACUUGUUGCAGAGAUGGAAGAUGAUGGGCAUGAUACUGAGCCUACUUUACCUUUGAGUGAGCCAUCAGUUGUUCUUUUUGUGGAUAGAUCAUCCGAUUCAUCAAGAAUUAGACGAAAGAGUAAGGCAGCUCUGAAUGCUUUUAGAGAAUUAGCACUGGACUAUCAGAUAUCAUUUCAAAUGGGCGGACAAAGUGACAAUAAGCCUGAUAAACCCUCUCUCCAAGUUUAUCAUGCAUCAGGGAGUAAAUUUGGACAUCCUAAGUUAUCGGUAUCUCCAACAAGUCAAGAGAUGAAAGCAAAGGAUAAGAUAUCUGUCAUGGUUAUAAAUAAGGGUAAACGUUUGGAUAGCAUAACUUCAGAUUUACAAGGUAGUUCCUUGAAUGAGAUCUUGGGAUACUUGCUUCAGCAUAAGAAAAAGGCAAAAUUAAGCUCACUCGCGAAGGAGGUAGGAUUCCAACUUCUAUCUGAUGACUUUGAUGUCAAAAUAGCUGAUACAUCAACAUCACAGGCUGAACCUCAGUCUAGUCAAGUUUCACCAGAACUGUCUGUGGAAGGCCUUGUUGAAAAUAGUGCUGAUUUGGACAAGGAUCAGUCACUAUAUACUGCAGGCAUAUCUGCUGUGAACAUGGCUGAAGAAUCUAAAACUACUGUUGUUGAACCUUCUUCUGAGCAUGGCAAAGAGAGGACAACUCAUGUUGUUACAAGCACACAGUCACCAUCUAUAGAACCUGCCCAAUUUCUUGCAAGUCAUGAACUUGCAAUAACUGAAGAUCUGAAGGUGGAAGAAAAAGGUUUUUCACAGUUAGACCAAUUAGGGAAACAACAGAAAUACUCUCAGGGUUUUAAAGGUUCCUUUUUCUUUUCUGAUGGUGGCUACAGGUUACUUAGAGCUCUAACUUCUGGUUCAAAGAUUCCAUCAGCAGUAAUAAUUGAUCCUAUUUUGCAGCAGCAUUAUGUUUUUCCAGAAAAUACAUUGUUUAGUUAUUCUUCACUGGCUACUUUUCUUGAUGGUUUUUGUAAUGGAAGCCUUCUUCCAUAUCAACACUCUGAUUCUGUUGUUCUAAGCCCUAGGGAGGCCCCACGUCCACCAUUUGUUAAUCUAGAUUUUCAUGAGGUGGAUUUUAUCCCUCGAGUUACAACCCAUACGUUCUCGGAGCUGGUUCUUGGUUUUAACAAAUCUAGCAGUCAAUAUGGUGGCCAUGCUUGGAAGAAAGAUGUGUUGGUCCUUUUCACCAACAAUUGGUGUGGAUUUUGCCUGAGAAUGGAACUGGUUGUUCGUGAAAUAUACCAGGCAAUAAAGGGCUACAUGAACAUGUUGAAGAGUGGAUCUGAGAAUGGACAAUCGAUAUUUAGCAGCAAUAACUCAAAGGAUGCUACUUUGAAGCUCCCACUGAUUUACUUGAUGGAUUGCACAUUGAAUGAAUGUAGUUUGAUUCUAAAAUCAAAUGAUCAGAGAGAAAUAUAUCCGGCUCUGGUUUUAUUUCCUGCUGAAACAAAGAAUGCUCUAUCGUAUGAAGGGGAUAUGGCAGUAACUGAUGUUAUCAAGUUUAUAGCCGGUCAUGGAAGUAAUUCUCAUCAUCUCAUGGGAGAUAAUGGCAUUUUAUGGACAAAAGCAGAAAAAAAAAUCAGGAAUCAGAAUUUAUUUAAGGAAGCAUCCCCAACUAUAAUUCACAAGGAAGCUCCUGUCGCAAAGGAAAAACAGCAUGAAGUCCUAUUGAAGAACAGAAAUCCAAAAAGAGCAUAUAAAUACAACCGGAUAAGAUCUUACACAUCAAGCAGAUCACAUGAAGCAGCCUAUCAUGUGGUUGUUGGUUCAAUCCUUGUUGCUACUGACAAGCUUCUUGAUGCCCAUCCAUUUGAUAAAUCCACAAUUCUCAUUGUGAAGGCAGAUCAGGCUACAGGAUUUCAUGGUUUGAUUAUCAACAAACAUAUCAAUUGGGAAUCUCUCAAUGACUUGGCAGAAGGUGUAGAUCACCUGAAAGAGGCUCCUUUAUCCUUUGGAGGCCCAGUCGUAAAACGUGGAAAGCCUCUUGUUGCUUUAACUCGAAGGGUUUUUAAAGAUCAGCACCCAGAAGUCUUACCUGGUGUUUACUUUCUUGAUCAGUCUGCCACAGUUUCGGAAAUUGAAGGGCUGAAGUCAGGAAACGAAUCUGUUACAGAGUAUUGGUUUUUCGUGGGUUUUUCAAAUUGGGGUUGGGACCAGCUAUUUGAUGAGAUUGCUGAAGGAGCUUGGAACAUGACUGAUGAUAAUAUGGGACAGUUAGAUUGGCCAUUGAGGUGAUAAUUAACAGCUUUGGGUCAUAUCUAACAUUAUACAGCUUUGGAGUUCCCCAUAUAGGAAUUCUGAAAGAGCGGCCAAACACUGGAGAAGAUAGAGAGAGAUAAGUAGAAGUUGCUCUUUUAUGUUUGUAAUAUUUUGUCUAUUUUAUGUUCUGUGCAGAAGCAGUGCAUAUAUAGGCUUUUGCUAUUGAUUUUGUUAAACGAACGGAGCUUCUGGCAGAAUCUUGGUUGUAUUUUAGUGUACCUUGAAAAUUAUCAAUCUCAAGGUACCAUUUUAAUAUUUUGGCUUAGCGUUUUAGAUGCAUUUUUCACCAGAGUUAAAACAUGACCAUCAUAUAUUUGUAAAUACAUUAUUAAAUUUUUUUUGUCAUAUGCACACAAACUCCAUAUAUGGACCUUUACUAUUUAUUUUGGUAAAUGAAAUGAGCUUCAUGCUUGAUUUA